ACUGUCAAUGUCAUAAACGUCACGUAUAAUUUUAGUAAUUUUCAUUUUCCCGCGACAUGAAAACUUCGCGAGCAGAAAAACAAAUAGAGCUUUUUCUCUAAAAAUGAAUACUGCGAACUUAAACAAGUUUCUAAAGGCUUUGGAUGCUGUAAACAGUGAUUACGUGUGCGGUGUGUGCAACGAAUUGUGUAAAGAGCCUGUCGUAUUGAAGAAAUGUUUUCAUCUAAUAUGCGCCGUACACACCGACUUAAAACAUUGUCCAACUUGCAAAAUACCUCUCGAUAACUGCGAAACGUUUGUCGACGACCGCAUCCAGGGAUGUAUCGACUCUGCUAUCGAACUAAAUAAGAUGUUCGAGACUUUUCGGCCUAAGGAAGUAAGUGUGACUUCAAGUAAGAAAACUAAGAAAAAUGAUGUCGUUUCCGCGCCAACUAAGGUUGUUAGCACUGUAUCUAGCUCUAAGAAACCUUUAUCUGACAAGACGAACUCUCGCCAAGACUUGAGUGAGACUUUAAACUCAAAUGUAAGUUCAAAAUUUAAUAAAAACAAUGAAAAACGCAACAACAAGGGUGAGACCGCCCUCCAUAUUUGCUGUAGACUCGGCAAAAUUGACAGGAUCAAGGAAUUAUUGACUUUAGGCGCUAAUACUAACACUAAAGAUAACGCAGGAUGGACUCCGUUACACGAAGUCGUUCAAAACGGACGAUUGGACCUGGUAUUACUACUUUUACAGUAUAAUACUUUAAUUGAUGUGCCCGGACAAGGCAACGAGACUCCGUUACACGAGGCAGUAAGAUAUAACCAUGUUGAAAUUGCCGAGGAGUUGGUGAAACAUGGUGCGGACAUGUACGCUAAGAACUGUAAAGGAGAAACUCCGUACCAACUUGCUUCGGUAGAUUUAAAGAAUAGGUUGAAAGCUGCGGAAGAAAAUAUACUACACACGCAGAGUGUUAAUAUUUCUCGUAUAGCUGCAUUGUACUCGGAGAUAGAAUCUGACGAUAUACGCAUUUACUGCGUUUCUUCGUACCGCACAGUACACAAUAGACUUAAGCUUUUAGCUAAGCAUCACAGUAAUCUCAACAUUGAAGCGAAAUUCACUAAAAAGGUUACGCAUCUCAUCGUUGAUGCCGAAGACGGAGUAUGCAUGUCCAGUUUGGACGUUCUUCAAGCUAUAGUCAAUCACGUAUGGGUUAUUUCAUCGGAAUGGACAACGAAAUCUACCGAGGACAACUUAGAACCGUUGGAAAACUACGAAGUGAAAGGCGUAGGAACUACAACUUAUAAUGGUCCAAGAAAUUCUCGUUACAUAAAAUAUAAGCAACUACCAGGCAUUUUUAACGGCUGCCAUUUCUAUUUACACAAUUUCAAUACGAAGUAUGAGAUUUCGAAGACCGUAGUCUUGACUAAAGCUAUUUUGACGAAGUUGAUUACGGAUGCUGGUGGCAUAGUGCUCAGAAGGGUUCCAAACCCAGAAUUGAUACCGGAGAAUGAGAAAUUGGUACCGUACCAUGCGAAGAAGGAUGGGAAAUUGGUGCAUUGUUCCCACUAUAUUAUAUUCAAAGAUAUGUAUGAACCGAUGUAUAAUAUGCAGCAUUUGAAAGCUUUGCCCAUUGGCUGGCUUAUAGAGUGCCUUGAAAAAUAUGAAUUGUGCGAACCCUGGUAGGUUUUUUACUGAAAUAUGCUCUAUUUCAGUGUAUAAGAGUGAUGUAUUGGAUAUUUGUUGAAGUUUCCACCAGCCAAGGUACACAUUUUAGCCAUCUAAUGUCCGAAUACUCAAACGCUACUCAAUUUUAAGACACUCUCAAAACUAGUUCUGUCUCUAUCAAUUCUUUAUAAAAUGACAGAGAUAGCACGAUAUUUAAGUACAACUUAAAAUUGAGUAGUAGUUCAGUAUUUGGGCAUUACUGAUGCUAGUAAAUGAUAUUAAUUUAAUUAGUUUAGCUCUCUAACCGCUAUCCUCAGAGUCAUUUAAUCGUUACUUAACCCAGUCCUUAGCAAUUGUUUUUCAUACAAAAUCGUUACUAAGGAAUAGUUUAAGUAAUCAUUAAAUGACUCUGAGUAUAGCAGUAAUUGUAACUUUGGACGGGUCCAAUGAAUUGUAUUAAAACUUAGGUAAAGAGAAUAAGAAUCUUUCGUUAAUUUUAAUUGAAAAUACUGUGUAAUUUAUUAUAAUUUUCAUAUUAAAGAUUUCGUCCUACAUGUGACCCGCAUGGCUACGCAUCGGACGUUAUUUUCAAUGACUACUUUAAAUUCGAAUAUGAUCGGCAAUUUUUGACGUUUAUUAUCAUUUGAAAUCGAUUUGCCGAUAUUACUUUUUGUUAGUGUUAUAUGAAUUUAAUUGACAUUAAAUUAUUAGUUGUAAUCUGAAAAA